CUCUUCUCUCCUGCGAAGUGCGAACACAACACUCUAUAUAACGCUUCCCUGACCCUCUCUUCAAUUUUCUAUUUUUUCCUACCAAAAACGACACCCGAAAAUCUCACAUCCCCCCCCUCCCCAUCCCCAACUCAAAACCCUAGCCCCUUUCAAUCUCUAGGGGUUUCUCUCAAUUUCAAUUUGCCCAAAUGGAAACGGAGGAAGAAGAACCUCUCACCGUCCCAAACCCCGAGCCUUCUCUUCCAUCCGACCGUAACGUAGAAGCUACAGCAACGCUUGUGGAGUUGCAACCGGAGAAUACCCAGUUGCAAUGCGAGCCUGAGUCCGUGGUUGAGUUGGGUGGCUGUGGCUCCCUGUCCCAGCCGCAGGCACCAACGAUUGUAUCUGUAGUUGUUGAGAAAGAGGAACAGAAGGGAAGUAAGGGAGUCGUUGAUGGCGAGGAGUCUUUAGGGGCUGUUGGUGUUGGGGAUUUGAUUGGUGGAGAGGAGAAUAGAGGAGUUUUGGAGGGUGGUGAUUCGGUCGAACCGUUGCCUACAAUUGGUGGAGAAAACGGCAUUGAGGUUGGGGUUGAUGGCCAACAGAGCUUUUUGGUGGAGGAGGACAAGUCUAACACGGCGGGAGAUGUAGCGGUGGGUGAUGAAUCGGACGAGACUGAGGUCGCUGACAUUGCAGGGGAAAGAGAGACGGUGGGCGGGAUUGAGGUGGCUGAUGUGGUGGAAAAAGAUCAAAUAUUGGAGGAGACAGAGGGGUCCUGUGUGGCGGAGCAAAUCGAGAUUCUCGAGGAGACGGUGGUGGUUGCUGUGGCGGAUGGAAGAGGAACUAAUGAGAUUGAGGUGUCUGAUGUGGCUGAGCGAACUGAGAUUCCGGAGGAAAAAGAGGUGAUUGAUGUGUCAAAUAGAAGCAGAAAUGUCGAGGUUUUACAGGUUGAUGAGCGCACUGACAUUCCUGAGCAAACAGAGGUGGCCAUGAAGGUGGAUGGAAGAUUUGCCACGAAAAAUGAGGUGGCUGAUAUGGCGGAGCAAACGCAAACUGCUUUUCCAGAGGGAAAAGGGGAGGAGAAACAGGAGAAUUACUUGACAGAGCAAACAGGGUUGGCUAACAUGGAUGGGGAAAUGGAAAUUCUGGAAGAAAAGUUGCCUGAUGUGUCACAGGAAACUGGGAUUCUAGAGGAGACUAAUCUACUGAUGGAAGGGAAGGAGGCAUUGGAAACAGACAUAGCCGAGGAGGCAGAUGACACUGAGAUGGGAGAUGAAACAGAAAAUGAAGAUGAUAGAGAGAUGGCUACUGCAGUAGAGGAAGAGACAGAGGCAGAGAUGGAGGAGGCUGAUAUUGCGGAGGGGACUGCAAUGGCUGAGCUAACGGAUGGCUUAGAGGAGGUUGCAGAAGAGAUGGAGGAGGCUGAUAUUGCGGAGGGGACUGCAAUGGCUGAGCUAACUGAUGGCUUAGAGGAGGUUGCAGAAGAGAUGGAGGAAGCAAAGGAGGUGGAGGAAGUGGGUAAAACCGGUGGUGGCAAGAGGAAGCGGGGUAAGAAUUCUAAGGCCCUUGGAAGGGCUCCUUCAAGGAAGAAGGCGGAGGAGGAUGUUUGUUUCAUCUGCUAUGAUGGUGGGGACCUUGUACUCUGUGACCGCAGGGGAUGCCCAAAGGCUUACCAUUCUUCCUGUGUUGGUCGUGAUGAGGCAUUUUUCCAAACCAAGGGUCAAUGGAACUGUGGUUUGUUACAGAACAGAGAAGCUUGCUGGAGUGGGCUUUUGUGAAGAAACAGGAAGUUCAAUCUUCAUUUUUGCCACAGCAUGCUUUUUAAGUUUUGCAUGCCCUCAAAUGGGCUUUUCUAACCUUUCACCAUGUGAAGUCUUAUAUCUUCAAUAAUUAGGGUGCGUGUAUCAUUUCUACUCAAGGCAAAUGCUGGCACUAGUUACAAUCUUUGGAUUCUGAGGGAAAGGGGCAAGUUGUAAUUAUCAGCAUGGAAUGUGAUGGACCACUUGUAAUUCAGCAUCACAGGUCCAUGAAUGUCCAAGGUCUCAAAGGCAUUGCUUUCAAGUGACAUAUUGCUGUUGCUUGAAUACGACUUCUCAAGCUUGUCAUUGGAUUCUUGUAACCAGCCUUUUUCUUUUCUUUAGUCAUAACUUUGGAACUAUACCACCCAUGUACUUAGAUUUUAUAAAAUGCUUGAGAAGCCCCAGUGACACUUGUGGCACCUGCAAUGAUUUAAUCAUAUGUAAAACUGGCAAGAGGUCCACUUACAUACAAAAUGUAUCAGUAGGCAGACUGAUGAUAUAUGGCAUGUUUAAAUUCAUGAGUU